CACUCUGCACUCCCGGCCAGCUGCAGGUCGCAAACACGACCCUCCCCACUAUAUUCGUGAGCCAUACAACAAAAAAGUGCCGACUCGGUGGGGAUUAUAUGGGACACCAUAUGCCCUCGCACCAGCACCUAGAGAACAAUGAUUUCUUCAACUGUAUCUACCGUGGUUCAACGGCCUAGAAAUGUCAGCAGAACCGCAACCCAAUAUCCUCCUAGACUUUGCCGAGAAUGUUGCUCUCUUGUCUCUUCUUAAACAGCUGCGAAGCCCUCCCAAAGUCAACAAGCCUGCAUCUGCAAUAGCAAGGCUAGAUUCACGCCGGACUCUAUCGUUCGCCCGCGAGUCUAGCUUAGCGGGGGUACUUGCAUUGAUCUCUGGGAUCUCCAACAACCCGGAUCAUGUUGUAGCAACUUGUAUUGAAGAGCGCCCAGAUGGGGGAGGAAUGCGAGUACUUCUCGCCGUCAACAAGAGAUCACCAAUGUCCGGGGAUGAUGUGCUAGCUCGAAUCAAGAAUGGCCUUGAAACUAUAUUCGGUUUACUUUCUCGGGUCAAUAGUGAGGACAAUGCUACCCUCGAAGGCGAGGUGCUCAACGCCAUAUUCGACAUGUGCCACGAACGUAUCUUGUACCGUAUUGGAUCACGAAGAGGCAGGAACUCGUUCUCUGGAAAAUCGAAAGCCUACCUGGGCGAUACGUUGAAGACCAUUCGUGUUGCUGUCCAGAAACGGCGGGCCGAUAUACCCAGGGAUCAAUUCGCUCUAUUUGUGUGCCACACCAAAGACCUCGAAAACAAGCUAGACAAGCUUGAAGUCUGUCACGAGAAGGAUGUGAUCUCCAGCCUCAAGGGCGUGGCUAUAACAGCCUAUCGACUCUCUAGCGCCGUUAACUGCUCGACAAUCACGGCAGAUAUCACAUCUAUGGGGAUAAACCCAAAUCUCAAAAUGUCAUUUCUCAAUCGGCUGGAAAGACUUGCCAAUUACCGGGAGAGCUCUCUGUAUCUAUUAAAAACGGCUAGGAAGCCGGGCCUAUUUCAACACACAGAGGUCAUAGCUGUUUCUCUUGAUGCUCAAUAUUUCGGCCCCGACCUGGUAUUCCCCUCGGAGCGAAACCUUUCCAGCUCAAUCUCUCGCUGCCUCACAAGCACGGGGGCCAAGUUUACUGCGGAGAGCGUCUUCGAACGACUUCAAUCGAACGAGGCAACUAACGAUUCCUCUUUUGUCGCGACUCUCAACAAGACCAUAGAGAAGCCAAAGAUUCACGCCGAGGUGCAAAUAGCCGCUUAUUAUGAGCUCUAUCCAGUCGCCAACAGACCCCGGGUUAUUUGCUCUAGCAAAGACGCGUGCUAUCUGUGCAAUCUCUUCAUCAAACACCAAGGGGUAUUCCAUAUUUCGAAGUCCCACGGCAAACUGUACCCAAUGUGGUGUCUCCCCGUUAUCAGCUCAACCAGUUCACUCUAUUCGCAACUCAAUGCCUCCAUGGAAAUCCUGAUAAUGCACGCCAUAAGAAAUGUGAUGAAUGGUGUCAGGCCUGGGCCGAAGUUUCCGACCAACGAAAGCACAGCCGUUCUCUUCUCAAACUCCAUGUCGACCCUGGCAAGUUUUGUCCAACCAGAAGAUAAUCCUUCUAGGAGGGUGAUUACGGAGAUGGUUGAAAAGAUUGUCGUUGAGCCGAUUACUGUAGGAGACGAGCAAGGCCAGGCUGGAGGGAACGAGAAGUUGGAAGAGAAGGAACAGAACGCGGGGGAAGUCGAAGAACUCCCGGCGGAUGUAGAGCCCGUCCCCAACGGAGCUGGAAAGGCUGUAUCUAGGCCACUGAGCACUGAAAAUCUUCGUCAGGGCUAUAAUGAACUUGCUGAAGGGCCUCGUGAGCUGCGAGAUUCCUUCGAUGACAGUGCUGCUGUUCCCCACGAGCCCGGCAACAGGAGCACUGAGCCGGUAACACGAGAACCAACCCUUGAGCCACUAACCGACAUCCCUGUGACUCCUGAUUCUGCAGAGACGGAGGACACGCCACUUGACGACAUUUCCAGAUCGCAGACCUCAUUCACAGGUGACAGCCCUGUCCCCACAAUAUCCCAAGACGAGAAAAUCGAGCCACUGCCACAACCAGCUGCGACCGCAUCCCCCGGUUUGAGUCUAAGACCUCGCCGUGAGCUAAGCCGCGAUCGGCUUCUCGACGACAUCCCGGAAGAGCCGCCGGCGUCGUCAUCGCCGACCGACUCAGCCUCUGAGCAGGAGCAACAGGAGCCACAUCUGCCUAAGCAAGAGCAAGAGCAAGAGCAAGAGCAACGUCAAGAGCAACGUCAAGAGCAGCCCGCGAGCAAUUCACGUGGCGCCCGAAUACUCGCACAAGGUCAACCCAUAACGCUUCAUCUAGACAGCAGCAGCCGACACGUGCCUCUGCCGUGGUUUUCCACGGGCACCUUGGAUAUAUAUCCGGACAUGGAAAUGAGACCGGCCGAGCUGAGGCUGCACUGGCUGCCGGACGAGCAGGCCCGGUCUCGCGACGUCGAGAGUCACCCCAGCUUUAUCCGAACGCAGUCGCUCAAGACAUCUACAGACACUGACAGCGGGAGCGGCAGUGGGAGAAGCGGCGGCCUGUAUUACCUAUCAAAUGACAUGGACGUGGUCGCGAUCGAGUGUAUAUUCUCGGGUGCAGGAACGGAGAGGGACUAGAAGACGCUGUGAUGUGGUUCGGUUACAAUGGAUGUCGACUUAUUGUUAGUAGGGCGGUGGGAAUAAGGUCAUGGAGUGACUGGAAUGAUAUAUAUACAUUACUGAGGAAGUGUGUGCUUACCGGGCGGCAAUGAAUAAAAAGGAUUGGGAGAGUCGACUGAGAAACGAAUCGGGACCGUCGAUUAGUAAAGGAAUCAGGUCAGUCGAUUACCAUUAGGAGAGUUGAAUACUAUCGGGAUAGUCGAUUGCUAUCGGGAUAGUCGAUUGCUAUCGGGAGAGUCGAUUACUAUCAGGGCAGUCGAUUGCUAUCGGGAGAGU